UCUUCAUCUUCUAUCAUCCAUCCAUCCAUCCAUCGCCUAACUAUGGUAACUAAAUAUACAGUAAAUGAAAUCAUGAGGGAAUGCACCAAAUCUCACAUAUUUUAACAACCAAUUUGCUUGGAAGCCAAACCAUUUUUUUCAUUUGUUAAAUUUAUUUGCUGCCUAUCUCGCGACUCUGUACUGAACUACAUUACUGAACUAUGCUGUGCUAUUAUGCUACUCUGAAUUCUUCAUGCUGACUGAGGGUCAGAUGAACCCUGGUGGAUUGCUUAAAAUGCGAUUGGCAGUGGCCACACUUAAACCAUCAAUUGCGGUUUGCAGAGGGUUGGGGUCUGGGUUUGCAACGGGUCCCUGUUUUUUGUCUUUCAUGAGGAGGUCUUCUGUCAUCCAAUGCCGUUUUUCUCUGUUUUUUCCUGUUGGGUCAGUGAAGUCUUUCAAGCAACUCCGCCUGACAGCGAGCGAUUGUGAAGUUCUUCGGCAGAGCCCAGAAGGCACAGCCGCCCUGACACAGCCCCUCAGCCAGAGACCAGGCAGCCAAGAUUCCUGUAGGCGCCUUGGCCCAACUCCUCGGAGGAGGAGGAAGUGUUCUAAAGGCCACCAAAGGACCAUCACAGAUUACUUCAGGGGUAGAUCCCACAUCUCGCCGUGCUCCAGUAAGAUGGCGGAAAGCCAGCAACCCAAAGUUGAGGAACCUCUGGAGAACUUCGCUCGUGACUCGGCGUCCGACUCGGACGGCUCUUGCAGUCUUCUUGACGAUGGAAGGGACACGUCGGCGGCCCCCAAGAAACGGUCACGUUUCUCCCUGGGACCUAGCGACUCCGACGAUGGAAGCGCUGGCCGAGAGGUCCAAGGACACAAACCGUGGUUGGUGAGGCUUCCUGAAGAGAGCUCAGGCGAUGGAACGGUCAAGCAGGAAGUUCAAGAUUUUGAGCUGGAUCCACUUCCCGAUGUCCACUUUGGGCUUUUAGGAACCACAUCUGGGGAGGAUGUACCUCAGGGAACCAUGGAGAAACUGCCAGAUGAAAUCCUUCAGCAGAUCUUUGCCCUGGUACCCGUGGUUGAUCUGCUCCAGAACCUCUGCCUGGUGUGUCGACGUUGGAAGCGUAUCAUCUCUGACGUGAAGUUCAUUCCUUGGAAGAAGGUUUACUAUCAGUAUUUGAAGGGAGUGGACCACGCCUUACUGACCCUUAGACCCGUUCUGCAACAGUACGGCCUAACCAAGGAGAACCCCCAAUGCAUGCUGAGAUUUAUCCGGUGCGCGGCUGAUGUUCGGAGCUGCCGCUGCCGAGAUCCCACCGCUGCCCUCGCGUGUCUGAAACGCCACUCGCUCUUUCUCAAGGCGGAAGUUUGCGUCGCCAAGAAUCUUCCGGAUUUGGACGGGCGCAAAGAGAAACCGGCCUACGUUCGGGCAGUGACGGCGGCCAUUGUGCUCUUUGCUGGAGGCGUUCGCGAUAUUCAGGAGCUGGUGCGCUGUCUCCAAAGGCCCAGCUCCACCAUGUCGCUGAUGGACGCCCUCGAGAUGCUGUAUUCUACGGCCACCCUGCUUUACGCCAUGCGAGAGAAUGAAGUCUGGAUCAGUAACAGGCUUCACUACAAUGUUUUUUAUUGCCUGCAUCACCUAGAAACUUGUCCCUUCAGCCCGGCUGUCAGACAUAAUCCCCAACUACGUCUCAGGCCUGUUUUACAACCUACUAGCGAACAACAACAGAUCUUAAACCACGCCCUUGCACCUGGAGAGCGGGUAAAAAUUGUGGCUUUCGCAGGCACCGGCAAAACAUCCACGCUGAUCCAGUACGCCAGGAAGUGGUCCGAGCUGAACUUCUUAUACUUGGCAUUCAACAAGACCAUCGCACAACAGGCCUCGCAGGUUUUCCCUGCCAACGUCACCUGUAAAACCAUCCACUCCUUAGCGUUUGCAGAAGUCGGGAGGCAUUACGGACGGCAGCUUAACCCGGGCUCGCUGACCUCCUACCUGGUCAGCUUUGUCCUCUCCAAUCGCGAGGGCCAGUCUCCGUUCAUCAGAGCCAAGACGGUCGUUCAGACCCUCGCUGCCUUUUUCUCGUCGGCGGAUGCGGCCAUCACCGUGGAGCACACGCCCAUUUGGUGCAAGAACAACCGCGGAGAAAACGUCCUUGUGCAGGAACGCGAAAAGCAGAUCAUUGUUGAAGAAGCGAAACAAAUAUGGAUCAAGAUGAAAGCGCUGGGCCCAACCACGGAAAUGGCAUACAGAAUGACGCACGACGGUUACUUGAAACUUUGGCAACUCCAGAAGCCGUCUCUUUCCAACUACGACGCCAUCUUGGUGGAUGAGGCCCAAGACUGCACCCCCGCGGUUAUGGACAUUGUCCUCUCGCAAACUUGUGGCGUGAUCUUGGUAGGAGAUCCACACCAACAGAUCUACACCUUCCGAGGUGCCGUCAACUCACUUUUGAAUGUGCCCCAUAGCCGCAUCUUCUACCUGACGCAGAGUUUUCGCUUUGGCUCCGAAAUAGCCUACGUUGGCGCGACCCUUCUGGAUGUUUGCAAGAAAAUCCGGAACAAGACCCUGGUGGGAAACAACCAAGAAAGUGAUGUCAGUGGGGUCGGCGUGGAGGGGAAGGUGGCCCGGUUAUCCCGGAACAACCAAACCGUCUUCGAAGAUGCUGUGAACGUUACAGAUGGAGGCUCACCUGCUAAGAUACACUUGCUGGGGGGUCUUAAAGCCUUUGGCCUUGAGAAGAUUCAUGAUCUCUGGAAGCUGCUUCAUCCUGAACUGAAACUCGAGGUAAAGGAUCCCUUCAUCAAGAGGUGGGUUGAGAAAGGCUUGGCCAGCAUCAAGGACUAUGCUGCAAAGGCGGAAGACAAACAGCUGGAAAUCAAAAUUGGGAUUGUGGAGAAAUACCGGGAACGUAUUCCGGAGCUGGUAAACAGGAUACGCCAGUGCCAUGUCUUGGAUCCAGAAGAUGCAGAUUACGUCUUAGGGACUGUGCACAAGGCCAAAGGGCUGGAAUUUGACACCGUCCAAGUUGCUGGUGACUUUGUCAGCAUCCCAUUUACAUGGCCCUAUCUUGGAAGGUUUCCUCGGAACCCACCUGCUCUCCCAGAAGUCAUUCCGGAAGAUGAGUGGAAUUUGUUGUACGUCGCUGUCACUCGAGCCAAGAAGCGUCUUGUCAUGUCCAGAUUUCUUGCUGAUAUCCUGAAAGUCACCAAGGAAUACUACGUACGUUUUGAAUUAACCGAGGAAGUGUGCAAGAAGAUGCCACUUUGGUGUUCGGAGCAGGGCUGCUGCAACUCCAUCCCAGCGGAUUCUGUGCUAGUCCCAAAAAGGAUAAAUUUUGUUUACAUGGACGGCACCAAAAUUCCCGAGGGUUUAAUUUGCCCUUCCUGUGCAUUGUGGAAACUUGGACCCAUUGCACGGCUCACAGGAUCGCCCACCACGGAGCAGGACGCAGCCAGUCCCCCAGAAAACAUUGAGGCUCCCUCCAUGGUUCACGUCCUCCUCGAAGCCUUCUGAGUUCUUCAAAAAAGAAAAGAAAAUUAAAAAAAAAUUGCACUGGGUGCUUUUCAAGAAAAAGAAAGGAAGGCAAAAAAUUGUAAAAAAAAGGACUCGAUAAAGAGUCCACCCGCCACGAUAGAACGCCAGAUUUCUGCUGCCAAGGAAGACGGAUGUUCAGUAAUUUCGACCCCUUUUACAACCUUUUUCAUUUGCCUGAGUUGUAAAGUGAAUCACCGCCGUUGUUCAGUGAGGAACAAGAUGGUUGUAAAAUGAAAUCCGGCUUCCCCCUCGGCUUCGCUUGUCGGAAGGCCGCCAAAGAAAGUCACAUGACUGUGGGACACUUGAGAUUGCCAAGCAUCUGAAUUCUGAUCACGUGACCAGAGAUGCUGCAACUAUGCGAUGUGAAAAACAAUCAUUGUCACUUUUGUCAGUGCCGUCGUAACUUUGAUCAGUCACUAAAUCAUCUUCUUUUAACGACCCCAUAAUCCCUUGGGGGGGCGGUGGAGUCUGGGCAACUGAAUGGAGCUAGCAGAGCGUUAACUGGCCGGAUGCCCUUCUUGUUGCCAAUGCAGAGUUUUGUUCAGCAAAUAGAUUUUUCACUGUGCCUGGAGAGAGAAAUAUCUGCCUCUACCUGGGAUCGAACUCACAGCCUCCUGAUUGUGAGGCCACCGCACCACUUUGAACAGUCACUCAAUGAACUGUUUUAAAUCAAAGACUGCCUGUAGAUUUAACUGAUCAGAACUUGAAUUCUGG